GCUUCCCUUCUUGUUUUGGUGUCGUGGGAUUGUGUCACCACCACCUCCGCCACCCACAACCACAACCACCGCCUUAACUAACCCAAAAAGAAGAAAGGGAAAGGCGAAGACGAAAGCGUAAAAAAAAAAAAAAAAAAACAGUUUUUUUUCGGCUGUUUUUUGUUUUUUGUUUUUUGUUUUUUUUUUAUGUGAUUCGUUUAUGCUUGCGCUUUGAACUUGUCCUCGUUUCCAGCUCGGUUUCGCCAGCACCUGAUCUGGGUCCCCUUUGAAGCUUUCUCUCUUCCUCUCUGAUCCAUUCUUUGCCUUUUUAAGGGGAUUCAGCUCGUGGGUUGGUGCUGUAUUUUUAUUUUGUUUUUCUGAAAGUGUUUUUGGUGUUUCGGAAUGUGGUUUGAUACUGGAGCUCCCACCGAUUCCUUCUACGAGGUUAGGGCCGAGUGCUCGGAUGUGCCAAAAACCCGAUUCAAAAUCAAGGCUGGAAAAACUCUAAGUGAAAGAAGAUGGAAGGCUGCAUUUAGUCCAGAAGGUCAUCUUGAAAUGAGCAGGAUGCUUAGUAGAAUCCAAAGAGGGGGAAUCCAUCCAACAAUUAGAGGAGAAGUUUGGGAAUUUCUGCUUGGUUGUUAUGAUCCAAAGAGCACAUAUGAGGAAAGAGAGCAAAUACGGCAACGUCGAAGGGAACAAUAUGCUAAAUGGAAGGAACAGUGCUGCCAAAUGUUUCCUGUUAUUGGGAGUGGCAGAUAUAUCACAGCACCUAUCAUUACUGAGGAUGGUCAGCCCAUUCAAGAUCCUUUGGUACUUCUUGAAGCAAAUCCGCAGAAGGGUUCGGCUUUACCUCAUGAUAAUGGUGAUGCUGAAGACUCAGAGCUUUCUACUUCCAACAGCUCGGAAACAAAGAAACCAAUUAAUCAUCCUCCAAUUGACAAGAAAGAAAUCCAGUGGAAGCUUACACUACAUCAAAUAGGUCUCGAUGUGGUUCGCACUGACAGGACAUUAGUUUUUUAUGAGAAGCAAGAAAAUCUGGCAAAACUUUGGGAUAUUCUAGCUGUUUAUGCAUGGAUAGACACAGAUAUUGGCUACUGUCAAGGCAUGAGUGAUCUCUGCUCCCCAAUGAUAAUGCUUCUUGAAGACGAAGCAGAUGCAUUUUGGUGCUUUGAACAUUUGAUGCGCAGAUUGCGAGGGAAUUUCAGAUGCACCGACAGCUCUGUUGGAGUGGAGACACAGCUUAGUAAUUUAGCUUUAAUUACUCAAGUUAUUGAUCCAAAACUUCAUCAGCACUUAGAGACACUAGGUGGAGGUGACUAUCUAUUUGCUUUCCGAAUGCUUAUGGUUUUGUUUCGCAGAGAAUUUUCUUUUGGUGACUCAUUGUAUCUUUGGGAGAUGAUGUGGGCUUUGGAGUAUGAUCCAGAUUUCUUCUCCAUGUAUGAAGAGACUGACUCAGCUAAUGAAAAAGCUGAGGGAUCUAAAGGAAAACCAAAGUCGAUGCACCAGUAUGGAAAGUUUGAGAGGGAAAAUAUGAAAAAUAAAAUAAAAAAUGGAGAAGCUCCCCUCCCCAUUUCUGUUUUCCUUGUUGCCAGUGUCUUGAAAGAGAAGAGCUCAAAGCUACUUACAGAAGCUCGGGGGUUGGAUGAUGUUGUUAAGAUAUUGAAUGACAUAACCGGGAAUCUGGAUGCCAAAAAGGCUUGCACCGGGGCAAUGAAACUUCACAGGAAAUAUCUAAAAAAGGCCAAGAAGGUUUAGAAAGAUUGGAAUUUAUACAUGAGCUUCAGAUGAAAAUAAAUGAUUUUUUGGAUCGUCACAAAAUAAUCAGAGGUUGUUAAGUUUGCAUGCUGUGACUUGAUUAGCAAGAUGAUAAUAUACUUCCGCAUAAAUCUUGACUUGGAGUUCAAAGACAGGAUUAUUUUGCUCCUGCUCCAGCCAGAAAAUGUUCCAGAGGAAGCAAUUGUUGUAUGAGUUCAUUAUUUGUAUAUCCAAAACAUUCUUUGUAAGACUUUCAUAUGUUGUACUACCAAUUUUUGUGGAUUGUAACAGUUAAACAUGAAAUACAAAGAAGGAUUAUUUUUUUCAUGGUUUAA